AUGCUCCACCUCGACAUGAUAUCCUCCUGCGAGCGGGACUUCGUCAGGAGUGCCGUGUCGAGCAACAGGCGCGUCGAUGGACGAACCUCGAAGGACAGCCGGGCUCUGCGGCUCUCGCUGGGUCUGGACCGCGGCUGCUGCGUCGCCUCGCUGGGCGAGACCAAGGUGCUGGCCCAGGUCUCGAGCGAAGUGAUCGUGCCCAAGCCCAACAGGCCCAACGAGGGCGAACUCUUCGUCAACCUGGAGCUAUCUCCGAUGGCGGCUCCACAUUUCGAAGCCGGGCGGCUCGGCGACUUCGGCGUCGAGAUCGCGCGGCUCCUGGAACGCUGCGUCCGAGACUCGCACUGCGUUGACCUCGAGUCCCUCUGUAUCGUCGCGCGUGAGAAGGUGUGGUCCCUGCGUGUUGACGUCCAGGUGCUCAACCAUCGCGGCAACAUCGCCGAGUGUGCGAGCGUCGCAACGGUCGCGGCCCUGCUCCAUUUCCGGAGACCCGACGUGACUGUGGUCGGGACCGAGGUCACCGUGCACGACCCUCGGGAACGCGAGCCCGUGCCCCUCCACCUGCACCACUACCCAUACCUUAUGUCGUUCGCGUUCUACGACGAAGGCAAAACCGUGCUGGUCGACCCCAGCGAGCUCGAAGAACGCAUCGCGGACGGCCUGCUCACGCUUGGCGUGAACGCGCACUACGAGAUCUGCACGCUUCACCAACGCGGCUGCAUCAUCGGCAAAGAGCAGGUCCUGCUGUGCUCGAGGCUGGCCUGCGUCCGCGCCAAAGCAAUCACAGAGGCCAUCAAGGAAGAUAUCCAAAGGGACCAGGAGGCCAGGUCCAAGAAUAGGAGCGUUGGCUUCGCAGCAACUAUAGAAGACGAGGAGGUUUUAGCAACCACUGUCGAGCCUGAAGCCAUCCAAGUGGAUGACGAGGAGGCUACCCCGCGCAUUGUGGUUCCAGAGUGUCCCAAGCAGCUGGAGUCUACGUUGUCCAAAGUGAAGGUUUUCUUGGAAGGUGCCGGCACGGCUGCCAUCGGACGGGGCGGACCGAGCAGCUGGGGAGUGCUCCAGGGCGCGGACCAGGGUCGAAACGCCGAGAAGGCGGGGAGGAAGGCGGCAGCCCCGCACAGCGAAAGUGUGGCUGCCGAGAGCGGAGACAGCGAAGAGGACGAAGUUGUCGUUUUGCAGCCCGAGGGCCGCCAAGGAGACUCGGGAGAAAGGAUUGACCUUACCAGGGCGGUGAAGAAUGAUCCUGCCCGUGGAUGGUAUUCCAAGAACCCAUUCUAGAUUCGAGGACAGAAAGGAAUCGCCUGCGACGGAGGUGGCGCCUGAACGUGGGAGCAUCGAGCGCAUGCCCAUCUUAAGAAGUGCACAUUUUGCAUGUUGACCGGGCUGCAACUUCCUUAGUGUCU